AUGUCUGACGCUGAAAGUACACAUUCACUCUCACCACAUCAUUCACAUAGUUCAAUGAAGACUGAAGGACUUUAUGAUCAUCGUCAUCAACCUUCUUCAUUACCAGUUCGUCGUGGUUCAAGUGUAAAUGAAGGUCAAAAAUUACCUCCUCCUGCUUUAAAUUUGAGAGAAAUUCAAAGGGCAAAAUUAAGUGUUGGUGAUGAUGACGAGUAUGAUGCUGAUGAAUAUGCUAUUCAAGAUUCACCUGUUAUUCAACCUUCAAAUUAUCGCUCAGAUGCACAAAUAAGACCUUCAAGAUUAAGUCAUUCAUUAUCUUCUGAUCAACAAGGCCCAACUGAUAUGAAUCCACCAACCCAUGUCACUGCACAUCAACCACAACAAUCUACUCAUCGUACACAACCAGCUGUUGUAAGAGGUAAUGGUGGUUCAUUGGCUGCUGCUGCAAGAAGAGGCCGUUCAAGAUCAAGAUCAAGAUCUUUCACUGAACAAUUAAGAACAUUAGUUAAUCCAAAAGACGAACAACAAGGUAAUCAAACAACUCAAGGGAUUUUAUUAAAUAAGAGUAACUCAACGAAGAAAAGACCUUCUAAAAAUUCAGGUGAACCUUCACCAGUUUUAUUACCACUAAAUAAAACUUUAUCACGUUCAUCUGCUAAAUUUAACACUGAUCAAAAUGCUAUUGAUAAUGAAAUGGUUGAUUUUGAUCGUCGUCGUCGUUUAACAAGAGCUUCCUUAAUUGAUAGCGAUAAUGAUUCACAUGCUUCAAGAGAAUCUCAAGAAACUGAAGAAGAUGUUUGUUUCCCUAUGUUACCAGAACAUGUUAAGAUUAAUGGUAUUGAUUUUGAUGAAGUUGAAGAAUUUAUUAAAGAAUCAAGAGCUGAAGCUGAAGCAUUCCGUAAAGAACGUGAAUUAUUACAAUCUUCAUCUGAAUCAACUUAUGAACCAAAAUCAAAUCAACAAUUUACAUCAAGUGCAGCUGCUAAAUAUACACCUCAAAAGGAACAUUCAACUUCAAAUGGAACUUAUUCAUCAGAUGAUGAAAAUCCUGGUGUUUCAUUUGGUAAUAAUAAAGUUGAAGGUGAAACUACACCACCAGAUAGAUUUAGCUUUUUCUGUUCAGAAUCUGAUGAAACUAUUCAUGCUCCAGAUAUUCAAUCAUUAGUUAAACCAGGUGAAUCUGUUAAAAGUUUAUUUAGAAGUGGUCAACCAACAUGGUGGUUAGAUUGUAGUUGUCCAACAGAUGCUGAAAUGAAGGUCUUAGCUAAAGCAUUUGGUAUCCAUCCUUUAACUGCAGAAGAUAUUCGUAUGCAAGAAACUCGUGAAAAAGUUGAAUUAUUUAGAUCAUAUUAUUUUGUUUGUUUCCAUACUUUUGAAAGUGAUAAUGAAAGUGAAGAAUUUUUAGAACCAAUUAAUGUUUAUAUUGUUGUUUUCCGUGAAGGUGUGCUAACAUUCCAUUUCAAUCCAAUUUCUCAUGCUGCUAAUGUUAGAAGACGUGUUAGACAAUUACGUGAUUAUGUUGAUGUUUCAGCUGAUUGGUUAUGUUAUGCCUUGAUUGAUGAUAUUACAGAUAGUUUUGCACCAGUUAUUCAUGCUAUUGAAUAUGAAGCUGAUGCUAUUGAAGAUCAAGUUUUCUUAACAAGAGAAAUGGAUUUCAGUCAUAUGUUACAAAAAAUUGGUGAAUCACGUCGUAAAGUUAUGACUUUGAUGAGAUUAUUAUCUGGCAAAGCUGAUGUUAUUAAAAUGUUUGCUAAAAGAUGUCAAGAUGAAGCUCAAGGUAUAGGACCUGCUUUAACUUCAAAUAUCAAUUUAGCAAAUUUAUCAUCUCAAGCAUCAGGUUCAUUCCAUAAUCAACAACAUCAAUCACAUCAACAUGCUCAACCAAGAGCUGAUAUUGCAUUAUAUUUAGGUGAUAUUCAAGAUCAUGUUGUUACUAUGUUUCAAAAUUUAUUAUCUUAUGAAAAAAUUUUCUCAAGAUCACAUUCUAAUUAUUUAGCUCAAUUACAAGUUGAAUCAUUUAAUUCUAAUAAUAAAGUUACUGAAAUGUUAUCAAAAGUUACAUUAAUUGGUACAAUUUUAGUUCCAUUAAAUUUAAUUACUGGGUUAUUUGGUAUGAAUGUUAAAGUUCCAGGACAAGAUGGAUCUAAUUUAGGUUGGUUUUUCGGUAUCUUGGGUGUUAUUUUCUUAUUAAUUAUUUUCUUUUCAGUUGCAGCUAAUUGGUGGCUAACUAGAAAGGCAAGAGAACAAGAAGAAGCUGCAAAUCCAGGUGCUGGUAGACGUUCAAUAUUAGGAUUUGGGAAACCACGUAGAACAACUGCACCAAUUCAAAGAGAAACACGUUCUAUUUUAAGUUUCCCAAGUAGAAUUAAUCGUUAUGAUUGA